UCUGACAGGAGGAAUGUGUUCUGCAGGCCUCCACAUGUUUCUCCUCCAGGUGAUAAAUCCUCCUGUAGAGGUUUUUCUGUCUGUGUGACAGAAAGCAGCGAUCUGCUGAGAGGACAUGAGAGGAUACCGAGCCAUCAAAUACACUUUAUUCAUCUUCUGCUACGUCUUCUGGGUUGUGAGUGCCGUCCUCACAGCGGUUGGGAUCUACGCCAAGAUCGCCAAGGAGAAAGAUGUGGUUGACACCCUGACUAUAGAUCCAGCUCUGCUGCUGAUCGUCGUUGGCUCCGUGAUGUUUCUCGUCACGUUCUUCGGCUGUUUCGGGGCGCUGCGUAACGCCACCUGCCUGCUGAAGACGUUCCUGGGGAUCCUGGUGACCGUGCUCCUCCUGCAGAUCGCUGCUGGAGUCGUGGGAUAUCUCUUCACUGACAUGGUGAUGGAGAGGACGGAGAAGCUGAUGAUGAAGGCCAUCGUCCGCUACAGGGAGGACCGAGACCUGGAGAACGCCAUCGACUUCAUCCAGAAGAAGUUCCAGUGCUGUGGAGUGGAGGGCUACAAGGACUGGUCCCAGAACGUCUACUUUGAAUGUUUGGACACAAAUCCCAGUCUGGAGGCCUGUGGAGUUCCCUUCUCCUGCUGCGUUCCAGUACAGAACCAGACGGUGCUGAACACCAUGUGUGGUUAUGGGAUGCAGCAGAUGGAGGAGGCUUCGGCCUCUCAGGACGUCUUCACCAUCGGCUGCCUGGAGAAGAUCGUCUCUUGGGCCAAGAACAACCUGCUGCUGGUGGGAGGUCUGACCGGCGGGCUGCUGCUGCUGGAGAUCUGCAUGAUCGGCCUCGCUGCGGCUCAAAUCUCCAGGAUAAAGAAAAACAAACAACUACAGAACGAAUAUCCACUGAGGGGCCGAUCGGAGAGGAAGGACAGCUACUGGUAUCCUGCUUUCACAGACUUCGAUGACCAAUAAAAUCAGCGUCUCGUUUGAGGUCAGACAAAAAACAGCUGAAUGUUGAUGAAACGGAGCGAGACCGCAUCCGUUUACACUGUGAAUUUAUAGUUAGAUAUUUCAGGAAUGUGUCUCAGAGGGUGAACAGGUUCAAACGGUUCUGUUUAAACACUUUAAAAACACUUGUUGAAGUCAUAACUUCCAAUAACGGGACACAAAAACAAGUUUCCAAGUUUAAAGUCCUGGGUUGGACCAAGAAACAUUAACAGAUUAACCCUUAAUAGGACACUCAUUGAAAUACUUGCAAAUUCCAAAUUUCAACCCUAGAGAAUAUUGGAGGAUAUUACAUACUGCCAGAAUGUGGACUGUGG